GAUUCGACAAAAGUUACUGCUGAUUACAGUUCAAGCAUCCAGUUACGUGGCUCUGGAGCAAAAAUAAAGAGGUCAAUAGUAAAGAAGCCUGGGUCAUAUUGGAAUCAGAUCAGACCAAUGCAUUGUGUCAAGGAAGGACAUUCAUCAUUGAAUCCUCACUCCUAUCCAGUGGAUUCCUCAUUAUUAUUCUCAAAUAUCUACAGUGACGCAGAAUCCUCUGAGAAGGCAAAAGAAGCAACCGAAAUAGGUUUAACCAAUUCACACCCCAUUCAAUCAGUGUUUCUGGGUUCUGACCGUAGGUACAAUAGAUACUGGCUUUUCUUAGGGCCUUGCAACGUGGGUGACCCUGGCCAUAGGAGAGUUUACUUUGAAUCUUCUGAAGAUGGUCACUGGGAAGUGAUUGAUGAUGAAGAGGCUUUAUGUGCCCUGUUGUCAGUUUUGGAUGAUAGAGGUAAACGGGAGGCACUUCUUGUUGAAUCUUGGGAAGAAGCUGAAAGACCCUCUUGCAGGGCUAUGUCCAGGAUGAUGGUCAACCACACUGGAAUGUGCCAUACGUCAAAUUCUGAUCAAUCUGAUCUUGAUAGGAUCACAGAAGACAGUUACUCUCCGAUAUCUGAUGUAGAUAACGUGAGCCUGAUUGAGACGGCCAGUGACUCUCUACCUUCAGCCGGGGCUGUGGUGAUAGAAGGUGGGAAGAAGGGAGUAGAACAAAUGCAAAAGUGGAUCCGUCUUCAAGCAUAUGAUUCAUGGAUUUGGAAUUCCUUUUAUUUAAAUCUCAAUGUUGUGAAAUAUGGUAGAAGGUCUUAUAUUGAUUCUCUGGCCAGAUGUGAGAGUUGUCAUGAUCUGUUCUGGAGGGAUGAGAGACACUGUAAAAUUUGCCAUUUGACAUUUGAGCUUGAUUUUGAUCUUGAAGAAAGAUAUGCAAUCCACACAGCCACAUGCAGGGAGAAAGGCAGUAAUGCUUUUCCAAAUCACAAAAUCUUAUCAUCGAAGAUCCAAUCACUGAAGGCUGCAAUUUAUGCUAUUGAGUCUGUUAUGCCUGUAGAUGCGCUGGUGGGUGCUUGGAGGAAGUCUGCUCAUAAGCUAUGGGUCAGGCGACUCAGACGCACUUCAACUUUAACUGAGCUAUUUCAGGUUGUUGCUGAUUUUGUUGGUGCUAUCAAUGAGGAGUGGUUGUUUCAAUGCAGUUUUCCUGAUGGUCUGGUUGAUAAAAUAAUUGCUUCUUUUGCACUUAUGCCCCAUACUUCAUCAGCUCUUGCUUUAUGGUUAGUGAAGUUGGAUGCAAUAAUUGCUCCCUACCUGGACAAAGUCCAGCCUCUGAAGAAGCAGGACAUUACUAAGAGAAAAAUCUCUGGUGGUGUUUGACUCUCAACUUCGCUCUGAAUCCUCUUCUCCGAGCAAGCCCGAGAUGCUGUCUUUCUAAUAGAUCUUCCUUAAUUAUGCAGCAGCACUAUCCUUUCGAUUAUGGUCACUUGCAAGUAAAAGAAGACAAACCUGUUUAUUCUUAUGGAUUCAAGCGUUAUUAUGCUUUAUUACUCCCCA